AUGCCCCACUCACAGAAACGACCCAAUUUCCUCAUUAUCGUUGCCGAUGAUCUGGGAUGGUCUGACACCCAGCCCUUUGGAGGAGAGAUUCACACUCCCAAUCUCGAGCGACUGGCCAAGUCUGGAGUCAGAUUUACCGACUUCCACACCGCCUCCGCCUGCUCUCCUACGAGAUCCAUGUUGUUCUCGGGUACAGACAACCACAUCGCUGGCCUUGGGCAGAUGGCCGAGACCGUGAAACGGUUCACUGAGUUCCAGGGAAAGCCCGGAUAUGAGGGGUAUCUUAACGAUCGUGUGGCCGCUCUUCCUGAGCUUCUGUCUGAUGCUGGCUACCACACUAUUAUGAGUGGAAAGUGGCAUUUGGGCCUUGUUCCUGAACGGUUCCCUUCCGCUCGAGGAUUCCAAAAGUCGUUUGCUCUUUUGCCUGGUGGAGCCAACCACUAUGCCUUCGAGCCUGGAACCAAAGACAAGCCCGCUGUGCCUUUCCUGCCUCAAUUGUACGCUCAGGACAAGGAGUAUGUUGAGGUCGACGACUCCCACUUCUACUCCUCUGAUAGCUUUACCGAUACUCUGCUGGAGUACAUCGAGGAAAAGCCCAAAGACAAGCCCUGGUUUGCCUACUUGCCCUUCACUGCGCCCCAUUGGCCUCUCCAGGCCCCCAAGGAGUAUAUUAACAAGUACAAGGGCAAAUAUGACGAGGGUCCCGAUGUUCUGCGAGAACAGCGACUCAAGGAACAGGUGAAGCUGGGGCUAGUUGGAAAAGACGUUGUCAGUGCCCCCAUUCUUGCCGACAACGAGACUGAAUGGCAUGACAAGACUGCGGAAGAAAAGGCUUACUCCGCCCGAACAAUGGAGAUCUACGCAGCCAUGGUGCAAAAGAUGGACGAGAACAUUGGACGGGUGCUGGAUCACCUCGAAAAGACAGGAGAGAUCGACAACACCUUCAUCUCUUUCAUGUCCGACAACGGAGCCGAGGGUGCUAUUCUUGAAGCCAUUCCUCUUCUGACCAACGACCUCAACGAGAAAUACUUUGACAAUUCUAUUGAAAAUAUCGGAGCCAAGAACUCGUUCAUCUGGUACGGUCCCCGUUGGGCCCAGGCUGCUACCGCCCCUGCCAAGUACACUAAGGGUUACAUCUUCGAGGGAGGUAUUCGAUGUCCUCUUAUUGUCAGAUAUCCUGGAUUUGAGAAUCCCGGAUCCAUCUCUAACGAGUUUACUACCGUCAUGGACAUUCUUCCUACUGUUCUCGAGCUGGCAGGAGUCACUCAUCCUGGAACAAACUACAAGGGCCGAGAGGUGGUGGUCCCCAAGGGAGUAUCCUGGGUCUCUAACCUGUCGGGAAAGUCCAAGGAGGCUAUCCACAGCAACACCCAUUUCACUGGAUGGGAGCUCUUUGGACAACGUGCUAUCCGAAAGGGCAACCUGAAAGCCAUUCUUGCUCCUGAAGAGGGCAAAGAGGAUACCUGGGAGCUCUACGAUCUGGAUGCUGACUUUGGUGAAACCAAAGACCUGGCAAAGACACACCCUGAUGUCCUGAAGGAGCUGGUCGAGCUGUGGUACCUCUACGAGGGGGAUUGUGGAGUCUUUAUUCCUGACAAUGCCGACCAGAUGAACCUGCGAAAAAUGCUCAAGGAGAACCCUCGUCGUAAGGCAUGGGGCGAGAAGAAAUAG